CAAAAAGACACAUCUGUGUAAAUACUUCUUAAACUCAACGAAAUAACAUUGUGGUUGCAGUGAAGACAAAAAGAAGUUGCUGUUACAUAUAAAAGGGAAAAAAAGAACAGGAUUUGUGCAUUAAAGAAUCGCUGAGUGCAUUUAGCAGGAAGCAUGACACCUCUCUCAAAGCUCUUUCACAAGUUGUGCGCCGAAAUUAUAAUCCUAUUAGCAUCCCUCAUAAUAGAACUCAUCAUUCUGAUUCAGAAAGUAAAAUCAUCGUCACGCGCAAUCAGCACCCAGCAGUACCUGAAAUUGAUCGAGAAGAAGAACCCCACGAUCUGCUACACCAAAGGGUUGUUGAAGGCGGAACAGGGUGGUGCAGAGUGCAGGGUAUGCCUGUGCGAAUUGGAGGAAGGGGAGAAGGUGAGAAAGCUGCAAUGCCGUCACAUGUUUCACAGGGAUUGUUUGGACAAGUGGUUGCAACAGUAUUGGGCCACGUGUCCUCUUUGUCGGAAACAAGUGGUGCCGGAAGAUCUUGUGUUCAAGCACCGUCAGCAUCAGAAUCAAACAGAGGCAGGUUUUGACGGGAAUCAUGAAGACAACCUUCCCUAUUUUUUAUCAGCAUUUCGUCGUGGCAACACUCUGCACAGAUAUUUCUGAAAAUUUUACCCAGAUUUCUCCUCAACUAACUCAUUUUUAGAGAUCCAAAUUUGUUAUUCUUCUUCCUCAGAACAAUAUUGUUACUGAUGUAAACCCUGUUUUAUGGAACAUGAAUAUUAGAACACCGAUUGUACCUUUCUUCUGUUUCUCUUCACUCUUCUGCUUCCUUCAUAACAAGGAUACGUUUGUUCGACAAAAAAAAAAAUAAAGUUUAAGGUUUAUAAUUUGUUGA